UUCUUUUAGUAUCUUGAUUCUGAGACACAAGGUCGGAAUUUAAAAUAUUUUAUAUAUGAUUUCUGUAAAGUGCUUUUAAAUGGGGAAAGUAUUUGUUAUGUUUAACCUUCAUAAUUACUGUGUCUACUGAAAUAUAUAUUUUUCUGCUGAUUGAAGAUAAAAGUCCGUUAUGAGUCCGUUCAAACACUAGGUGAAAGCUUGUGGAGUUGUGAAAAUCUCUGAAGAAAUUGGAAUGUGUAUUUUUUUCAAUAUUUUGAGGGGAUAUUAACUGGUAGCCAAAUCAACACUUUUAACAUUACAAGUGCGUGCUUUUGACCAGAUCUACUGAAGAUGUUCAGUUCAUAAGAAACAUAUACAAAAAGAGUGGUGCAUGUGUUAAACUUUCUGAAUGUAAUAUUUUACUGCAAUUGAAUAAUAUCAAACAAAGGAUACUUGCAGUUUGUUUUUUUCGGUGAUAUCUAAGCAUGAAUAUAACUGAUAAAGUUGCGUUGGUUACCGGAGGAGCCUCGGGAAUAGGACAGGGAUUUGUGGAGGCCCUUCUGGCUGGAAGUGCAAAGGUGAGUAUCGUAGAUUACAACGAGGAAGCUGGACGUGCUACUGAGAAGGAUCUUGUGGAAAAGUACGGCAGCAGUAACGUCAUCUUCUGUCCGUGCAAUGUUACCUCACCGGAACAGUUUGAAGAGGCUUUCCGACGUACGCGGGAGGUGCUUGGUGGCCUUGAUAUUGUAGUUAACAAUGCUGGUGUCGGUGGGGAAACGGACGAUAAGUGGGAAGCAGUUAUCGACAUCAACCUGAAGGGGACAUUACGGGGCACACGACUUGCACUGAGAUAUAUGAGUGAGGCGGAAGGUGGCAGCGGCGGUGUCAUCAUCAACAUGGCAAGUAUGGCAGGGGUAAAUCCAAAUCCCUUUUCCCCCGUUUACGGUGCAUCGAAAGCCGGUAUUAUUCAUGCGACACGAUCUCUAGCAAUAUCACCUGAAGUUCAAAAGUCCCGUAUCCGUCUGAAUGUCCUGUGUCCCGCAUUCGUGGACACGCCGAUGUUCAGGAACAUGGCUUCCGGUGACGCCUCGCAGAUUUCCGGUUCAAACCUGGCGGCGGUGAAGGCAUUUGUAGACCAUAUCGGUGUUAUGAGCGUUGAAGAGGUUGCAGCGGCUUUUUUGGAUUUAGUCAAAGACGAAACAAAAAACGGAAUCAUUUUGCGGUGUGCUAAGAAAACCGGAAUCCAAUAUAGUACUCUAGCUGUACAAGAUGUAUAGUCGGUACUGACACAAGGAUUCGUGCCAACUCUGAAAGGAAAUUUGUAUUGUUUCCUCAUAAUGUAUCAAGCUCAAUUUAACGGUGACUUUCCUUUUUGAUACAUCUUCUUGGAUCGUCAAGGGAGAUCUUUGCGUAGGACAAAGCAUUACUUAGACACUUCUAAAAAUCGAAGGGAAUGACAGCGAACAAUCUACAAUGAGUAAAAUGUUCUUGCUAUCAUACCUAUCGGAAUGAUCAAAAUCAGAUUUGCAUUUGUUGUGACAAUGAGUUAAUGCACAAAAUGGUGGUGUUGUUCUCAGGGGUUUCUAACCGACUAGCCUCAGUUCAAACCACAUAGCUUUCAGUAGCAGUAUCAUUGUUCAGGUGUGGUUCAAUGUAGCGACCAAAUCGGUUUGUCAGUAUUAAUAUUUUCUUUCUUUUAGAAAAAAGAAUAUAUAUUAUACCAAUUGGUCACAUUUUAUAACAAAAUUACUAAUACAGCAUUACAUAAGUAGCAUUCGUGUAUCUCACUGUGAAAUGAUAAUGGAAACAUAUUCAUUUCAGCUAUUAACCGUUCACAUUUCUUGUGAAGUUGUUAUUGUUUCGUUUUAAAAAGCAUGUUUAACUAUAUGACUUUUUAUCAAUAUUUAUGUUUUGCCAUAUUCACAACACGAUAUGCACUCUCAGUGCUUUGAUUUGUAUAACAUUUGAUAACAACCAUAGUCCACGCAAAUAAUAUUCUCUGCAUUGGGAUUUCCAAAUGGCUGUACAUUAAACAACUAUAUGGUGCAUAUCAAACAUAUCUACUUUAACAGCUGAACAUUUGUACAUAAAGCUGUACUUUACAACUGCUGCUUAACUGUAUUUAGAACUGUAACUGCCGUUAUGCAUAUAUUAGAAUUGCCUUUCAUAUCACAGGUUAAGAUAGAAUUAAACACAGCAGUCAACAAUCAUAGCCGUUGCUUUAUAUAUUGCAAUAGAUAUAAAAUAGAACAGUGUAAUUUUGGCACUAAAAGGAUUAUCACAACUGUAUGUUGUAGCUGGUAUGUACUUAUAACAACAACUAUGAAUUACAGCUAGGUGUAU